ACCACCUCAAACCCUUCCUGGAUGAUUCCACCCUGCGCUUUGUGGACAAGCUCUUCGAGGCGGUGGAGGAAGGUCGAAGCUCCCGACAUUCCAAGUCCAACAGUGACCGGAACCGCAAGCGGGAGCUGAAGGAUGUGUUUGGCGAUGACUCGGAGGUGUCCAAGGAAUCCUCUGGUGUGAAGAAGCGGCGCAUCCCCCGAUUUGAGGAGGUGGAGGAUGAGCCUGAGGUUAUUCCAGGCCCACCAUCGGAGAGCCCGGGGAUGCUGACCAAGCUUCAGAUCAAGCAGAUGAUGGAGGCAGCCACCCGGCAGAUAGAGGAGAGGAAAAAGCAGCUCAGCUUCAUCAGCCCUCCCACCCCACAG